AUGAUUGUCAAAAUCAAUCCAUGUUUGCGAUCAAUUAUUAGGAAAGCAUCGACGGACUUGAAAAAUGUUCUAGCUGCCAAAAUUCCUAUACAUCAAGAGACUGUAAAAAAUUUUCGGAAGAAACAUGGUGGUGAGAAACUGUGCGAUGUGAUCGUAAAUCAGGCAUAUGGAGGUAUGCGAGGUAUUGUGGCGAUGGUAUGCGAGACAUCAAUAUUGGAUCCUGAGGAGGGAAUUCGUUUUCGUGGUCAUACAAUCCCGGAUUGCCAGAAGAAGUUGCCGAAAGCAAGCGGUGGUGAAGAGCCACUUCCCGAGGGUCUGUUCUGGUUGUUGCUAACAGGAGAUAUACCCAACGAUGCUCAAGUCAAGGCCAUCUCGAAGGAGUGGGCGAGCAGGGCCGCAUUGGCGCCUCACGUCAUGACCUUGCUCAAGAAUUUGCCGAGCACCGUACAUCCGAUGUCGCAAUUGAGCGCUGCAGUUAUAGCACACAACAGCGAGAGCAAAUUCGUGAAGGCCUAUAUGAGCGGCGUCCACAAGUCGAAAUACUGGGAAUACGUGUACGAAGAUAGUAUGGAUCUGAUAGCGAAGCUGCCGGUAAUCGCAGCGAUAAUAUACCAGAACGUCUACAAAAGCGGAAAGAGUGUUGCUCCAAUAGAUGCCGACAAGGAUUGGAGUUUAAACUUUACCCGAAUGCUUGGGUAUGAUAAUCCCAAAUUCACCGAAUUGAUGAGACUAUAUUUGACGAUACAUUGCGACCACGAAGGUGGCAACGUCUCAGCCCACACGGUUCAUCUGGUUGGAUCAGCUCUGAGCGAUCCAUACCUAUCCUACGCAGCCGGGAUGAACGGCCUCGCAGGGCCUCUUCACGGUCUGGCCAAUCAAGAGGUGCUCGUAUGGGUAAUGAAAAUGAAACAAGCGUUGGGAGACUCGCCAAACGAUGAUCAGAUCAAAGACUUCAUUUGGAAAACCCUCAAGUCGGGCCAAGUUAUACCGGGAUAUGGACAUGCAGUACUGCGUAAAACGGAUCCCCGAUAUGUGUGCCAGUACGAAUUCGCCAAGAAACAUCUACCAGAUGACCCACUUUUCCAAGUGGUCUCCGGACUGUACAAAGUCGUCCCUCCAAUUUUGACCGAGCUGGGGAAGGUACAAAACCCUUGGCCCAAUGUAGAUGCCCAUUCCGGCGUCCUGCUGCAAUAUUACGGUCUGAAGGAAAUGAAUUACUACACUGUACUCUUCGCGGUUUCCAGAGCACUAGGAGUACUAGCAUCGCUAAUUUGGGACCGAGCUAUGGGUUUGCCCAUUGAGAGACCUAAAAGUAUAUCUACAGAGAACCUCUUGAAAAUGUUCAAAUAAUCUACAUUCCGUCAUACAUUUAUGUUAUAUAUUAUUAUAUAUCAUUUAAUGUAAUCCUUUUGUUCGUGAUUAAAUGCGGGGCGUGGCAACGCUGCAAACAAUUAAGCGAUUGUUUGAAAGAAUGUGUCUUAAAAGGGCAACGGAAUGAACGAACGAAUGAAUGAGUAUAAGUCGUGAUGAGAGAGAGGGGAAAAGGAAAUCAGUCGAAUGCGGGGGAGGAUGGGUAAAUGUCAGUGAAAUUUAUUUGAAAUAUAUUGAAUGGGAAAAGAAAUGGGACGACGCCCACUUCUAAAAAUAAGCAUUACAAAUAGAGCAAAUCAGCAACAUUUUAUUUGGCAAAGGAUUCAUAUAGUUCAUAUGAGUCAUUGCUAAUGUGAUUUGUCGUCUAUUCUCAUUUAUUUUCAGGACUUGCAGUUUAUAAAACUUCAAUUAAGGGU